AUGAAUAAUGCACCUCUAACUGACGACAAUGCAAUGUGGAAACAGAGAUUUCGUAUGCAUCAAUAUCGAGGAUACUUAGCAAAGUGUAAUCAUCAACGUGGUCUAGUGGCAAGCAAUCAAUCGGGUAUUUAUCAAUUAUACUCAUGGACUAUAUCGAACGGACAACUGCGUCAGUUGACAAAUCAUUCGGAGGGUAAAAGGGACGGAUUUAUAUCCUGUGAUGGUCGUUUUGUUUAUUAUCUGAACGAUAAGAAAGGUAAUGAAACUGGUCACUAUACUCGCAUCGACGUUGAUACUGGUAAAGAAGUAGAUUUAACACCUGGAAGAGAACCGUAUUCGUCGUUAGGAUUUCACACGGAUGGUAUUGGCAAAACAAUAGCUUAUCUAACUACUGAUCAUGAAAAGGGUUGUCAACUAUUUACACAAUCUGUAACAAUGGAUUCUAUUGGUGAACCGAGUUUGAUCUACGAAACGGCAAAUUUUACAAUUAAUCCGAUUUUAUCAUAUAAUGGAGAUCUUGUGGUCAUAGAAACUACCGAUGUUAAAAAGGGUAUAGGCAGUAUACUGGUCGUCUUUGACAUCAGUAAUAAUGGACGUUUGAUUAGCACGCUCGACUAUGGGCACGGAGUUAAUGUGGUACCAAAACAAUUCGCUUCAUUGCCGAACGAUAUACGUCUUUUAGCGAAAAGUAACCGCACCGGAGCGAAUCGACCAUUGAUUUGGAACGUACGGACUAACGAACAAAUUGAUUUUAUAUUUGAUCAGUUCGGCAUCGAAGGAGAUAUUGAUCCACUCGAUUGGUCGGAAGAUGGGAAUUUCAUUCUUCUAUUACACAUUCAUAAUGCUAUUUUUCGACUGUACUGUUAUUCUAUUGUUGACAAGACUAUAAAUGCACUGAUAGAACAGCCAUCCGGCAUGAUUCAUGAUGCACGAUUCGGCCCUGAUGGAACGAUUGUGGUUCAGUGGGAAAAUGCACAUACACCUCGACGAAUCGUUGCAUUGAAUGUUAACAAUGGAGCAGUUGAGAAAGUUAUACUUGGACCAUCGAAAAUUGAAAAUUUGAUAACUCGCUCACAACGUUCAGUGACAUUUUCGUCGUCGGAUAAACAACUUAUACAAGGUCGACUUACCUUACCUAGUACGCAUGCUGAUGGACCACUUGCAGCAAUUAUUGACGUACACGGCGGUCCUGCAUUUGUUACAAGUGAAAAGUUCGAUCCAGUAAGUGAAGCAUGGGUCGAUCACGGCUUCGCAUAUCUAUCAAUUAAUUAUCGUGGCUCGAUUACAUUUGGACGGGAAUUUGAACAUAAGAUCUAUUCUGACAUUGGCCAUUGGGAAGUAGAAGAUAUUGUCGCUGCACGUACUUGGCUUGUUGAACAGGGUAUUGCUCGACCCAACACUAUAUUUCUAACAGGUUGGUCGUAUGGUGGGUAUCUGACUUUGUUGACUUUAGGUAAACAAUCGAGUUUGUGGGCAGGUGGAUUAGCAGGUAUUGCUAUUGCCGAUUGGACCAUGCUCUAUGAAGAUUCUGCUGAAUCGCUGAAAACUUACGAAGUAUCCUUAUUUGGCGGUACGCCAGCUGAAAAGCCGGAAUUAUACGCUGCCGCAUCUCCCAUCACGUACGUCGAACAGAUCAGUGCGCCUGUACUGAUUAUUCAAGGAGCUAAUGAUACACGAUGUCCUGCACGUCAAAUGAAGUGCUUCGAGAGUAAGAUGCGUCAGCUCAAUAAAAAGUUAGAAAUUGAAUGGUUUGGUGGUGGGCAUGCACUCAAUGCUCCGGAACAGCUGAUUUUACAUAUCGAAAAAAUGCUAUGCUGGACUCACAGAGUACUUGAAGAGAACAACGCAAAAACUACCAGUCAAAGUAAAACAGCUGCUUUGUUUUGA